CAUGCAGAUGAAAAACAAAAGCGGCCGGGAAUCAGAGUUUACGUUUUUAACCACCAUUUUUCCGGCGAAAUCCGCUCUCGGAGAUCGAAAGAGAUGGCUGUUCUCCUCUCCGAGCUCGGCUCCGCCUCUUCACUGCUUCCCGCCAUCAACGCCUCCUUCUCCCGCUCAGAUUCCAAGCCGUCGUUGCAGAUCGGUCGGGUCGCUCCGCCGCCGCGGGGGAUCGAGUCAUGGCGGAGAAAGAGGGCGGAGGAGGCGAUCUGUACGGCGGAUGAGCUCCACUACGCCCCUGUUCCCAACUCUGAUUGGCGUAUCGCUCUCUGGCGAUAUCUUCCAUCCCCCAAGGCGCCGAGGAGGAACCAUCCAUUGCUGCUAUUGUCAGGGGUCGGAACAAAAGCUCUUGGUUAUGAUCUUUCUCCAGAGUCAUCGUUUGCAAGGUUCAUGUCUGGUCAAGGAUUUGAUACAUGGAUUGUUGAGCUCCGUGGAGUAGGGCUGAGUUCACUCAGGGAUGAGAUUCCCCGAAGGAGAUCAUCCAGCAAUGACCAGCUUCAAACGGCCUCGGAUCUAUUGGAGAACUUCAUAAGCAUAUCCAAGAAGUUCGACCCUUUCCUGGACAGAGAAUCUGCAGGUUCAAAAAUACUGGAGCUGACCAAGAAAAUAGAAGAUUUCAAGAAAGAGCUUGAGCUCAUCCCAUGGUACGACUGGGAUUUCGAUAACUAUCUCGAAGAAGACGUUCCAUCGGCGAUGGAGUAUGUGAGGAAUCAGAGCGAGCCAAAGGACGGGAAACUACUCGCGAUUGGUCACUCCAUGGGUGGAAACCUGUUAUAUGCUAUGCUCUCCAAAUGCAGUUUCGAAGGAAGGGAAACCGGGUUGGCGUCUGUAACCACUCUGGCCUCGACUUUGGACUAUUCCUCCUCGAACUCGUUCUGUAAAAACCUGUUACUAGUGGCUGAGCCGGUUCGAGCGUCGAAUAUUUCUGUCAUACCGAUCGGGGUUAUGUACGCAAUGGCUCACCCGUUCAUGUUCCGCCCUCCAUACGCGUUGUCGUGCUUGACUACUAAGCUCUCCGCCCCUCAAAUGAUGAAUCCCGAGCUGCUUGAAAAGCUUGUCUUGAACAACUUUUGCACCGUGCCGUCUAAGCUUCUCUUGCAGCUAUCAACGGCAGCUCAAGAUAGCCGAGGAUUGCAAGACAUAACGGGUACCUUCUAUUACAAGGAACAUAUCGGCGAAUCCACGGUCCCUAUCUUAGCCAUUGCCGGCGACCGAGAUUCGGUCUGCCCUCCUGACGCUGUUUACGAGACAGUGAAGCUGAUACCAGAAUCUUUGGUCACUUACAAAGUUGUUGGAGAACCGGGGGGCCCACAUUACGGUCACUACGAUCUCAUUGGAAGCCUCGCGGCUCCAAUGGAAGUGUAUCCUCUGAUUGUUCAGUUUCUUGAGCUUCACGAUGAAAUCUAGAUGACCCAUCAGUUCCAAAGGUAAAUGGAAUCUGAUAUAUAUGCAUAUAUAUAUAUAUAUAUAUAUAUAGGAUUAUGUAUCUUCUGUAAACAAGAAAAUACAGGCAGACACGCAUGAAACAGGUUAUAUAUAUAUGUGUGUAUGCUCAUAUAUCAAAGUGAUUUA